UAAAAAUGGCGUCCACACCUUAGACACCUCGGUACUCACUCUCUAUUAAGGGUCUCUAUAUAAAACAACACAUCCUGCCUCUGUCUGUUAGGGGAAGGUCAGCCCGUGAAAAAAAAAAGGUCAAAACUCUACAAACUGACCCACCUCGCGUCUACUCCGGAGGCACCAAAAUGAAAUGGUGGAGGGAAUGAAUGGCAACGCCAAGGAUGAAGGGGGGGGCGGCAGCAGCGGCGGGGGUGGCGGGGGCGGGGAUGGCGGGGCAGCCGACGAGGACAAGAUCUGCCGGGACUUCCUGCGAAACGUUUGCCGCCGCGGGAAGAGGUGCAAGUUCCGGCACCCAGACGACGGCGACCAGGGCCCGCAGGUGGUGACCCAAGCCAAGGCUGACCUCACCUUCUGCCACGACUACCAGAACGGCCACUGUACGCGUCCCAUGUGCAGGUUCAUCCACUGCACCUGUGAGGAUGAGAACUACUACCUGCGGACCGGUGACCUGCCCCCGCACAUCCUGGACCAGGCCAUACGCAAGGGGCACUUAGGGGACGUGACGCUGAAUGGGGACGUCCCGAUAUGCAAGGACUACUUGAUGGGGGAAUGCUGCAGAAGGCGUGGCGGCAAAUGCAAGUUCCGUCACCUCUCCCAGCGCGAUUACGAGCAGGAGAUCUACGGAACAAGCCACCGGGACCUCGAGCAUGGGAGCAGCAACCAUUACGACCCUUCGCCGGUGCCCCUCGAGACUAAAUUACCCCCUGACCCCAAAAGACAGCGCCUGGAGCCUAAGGUCAUGGCCGUGGAGCUGCCGUGCGAGGGAGAGUUCCUUCACCCACUUGACGACCUUGUGCGGGACAUGUCGGCGAGGGACCUCCGGGACUUCAGGGACAGGGACAGAGAGAGGGAUCGCCGUGGCCUGGAGGAGAUAUUGCUGCUGAGGAAACAGAUGGACAACCUGAAGAAGGAGAAUGCCAGCUUGAAGAAGGAAGUGUCGGACCUCAGAGCCACCAAUGAGUUCCUUCUUGAUCAGGUCACAACGCUGCGUCUGAGCAAGGCCGGGGGCAGCAUGACAGCGGUAACAGUCCCCACCGUGAGCCUGGCCUCCACCAUCCCUGUGGCCACUAGCGUCCAGCCCCUGCCCGCCCCACGCCUCUCCCAACCCAUGCCCAUCACCUCCGACGGGUCUGUUGUCGCACUGCCCCAGGGUCCACCACGGCCGCCCCCGCCCCCACAAGCCCCCCAGCAGGCCCCUCCACAGUCCCUAGCCCCUCCAACACAGCCAGUAGGGGUCGCUCCACCUGGGCCGGCUGUCGUAGGGUCAAUAGGUGGUGUCCAAGUGUCCCUUCCACAGGUUUCCACAGUGUCCCUGAAUCCACAAAUCGCUCCACCCACCUCCAUGACUCCAUCAAUGACCCCUUCCAUGACCCCUACCAUGCCCCCACCAACCGCCCAGACCAUGCCCCAGGCGAUCUCGCUGAGCGGCACCACGGGGCACCUCGUCUCCUACCCCAUCAUGACCCAGCCUGUCCUGCGCCCCCAGCUCCAAUGAAGCCAGGCCCCCCACCAUGGCCCCACCACCCUGCUGUCCUUCGCCAUCCUGGACUGGCCCGUGCCACUCCCAGCUUCGCCCUCGUCCUCGGGGUCAACUUGGGGUGACCCGACGCAACAGGGACCAUCCUGAGGCCUAUGUGUGCUCCCUCCUUCCCUUCCUUCCUUCCGUCACCUUGAUGUGUGGCUGUGUGGGCAUUCCUGUGGUGGCUGCCUGAUAUGGUCUCCCUUCCCUCUGUGAGCUCUGCCGUGCAAUCGUACCCACUAACACCUUAUAGAAAGAUAGCGUUUGUUUUUUGAAGUAUACUUGGUAAUGCUCAACUUCACAUAUUUAACUAGUCAUUGAAACUUGGAUCUGGUCUCCCCCUCUGUGAGUUCUGCCGUGAAAUCGUACCUUCUAACACCCUACAGAGAGAUUCCAGUAACAUGUAUCAUCUCUGUUAUAUUUGGCAUUGUUCAACUUCAUAUACAAACCAACUAUUUAAACUUGAAACUUGGCUGCUAGUAUUCCAUGAAGAAAAAUGUAAAGUCCUGCACCUUGGGAGGGGAUAUCCAGCAUACCAAUACCACAUGGGAAACACUCCACUAUCCACCACAGAGGCAGAGAAAGACCUGGGAGUGUAUGUUACCAGGCUACCAAUGAAGGGAUAUCCAGCAUACCAAUACCACAUAGGAAACACUCCACUAUCCACCACAGAGGCAGAGAAAGACCUGGGAGUGUAUGUAACCAGGCUACCGGUGAAGGCCAAAUCCGUGCCAAUCGCAGCCGAGGGGUUAACUAGCAGGAAGUCAUUGGGGAACCACCACAGGGAGUCACCGAUCACAGCCACUUAGGUUUGCCACGUCACCUCUCACCCUGUUAGAGUAAUGCUUUCGUUUCCUUCGAUCACUAGUGUUUUGCUUCGGUGCUACAAAGCGUGUGAAUCCUCGAAAACUGCAGCUUGUUUUUCGAGUCCAGGUGUAGGAUGGGAGUCAGGAAGCCCUCAUUGGUGUCCCUGAAGGAAGGUUUGUUUCUCGACGCACCCCGAGGCAUUUAGUUGUCACCCUCUCGAUCUCUCGCAACAAUGUACAUAACCGGAAGCAAUGCCCAAAAGCCAGACCUCGGGGAAUGUGUGUGUUCAAAUUUUUCGACUUUCGUGGUCUUGUUUGCGUGUUUGCUUGGCCUAAAAGACUCAAAUACGAUUAAGGACUUGCUGUGAACUUCUCUAAAACUCAAAACAAAGCCUCGGACAUACAUAGAGACAGCCUUCUGCAUUCAUAUAGAAAUUUUGUUGAUGUCACUUGAUAUACCGCACAUAACUUAGCAUAAAGAAACACUGAAUUAAGAAAGAAUUGUAAGGUUUGGGAAAUGAAUUGAUAAACUGUACAUAAAAAAUAAUUAAGGGAAACUAAAUUAAAAUAUGAAAAAUAAGAUAUGGAAUGGAGAUUUGAACACUGUACAUAAAAAAAUGAUUAAGGGAAACUAAAUUAAAAUAUGAAAAAUAAGAUAUGGAAUGGAGAUUUGAACACUGUACAUAAAAAAAACAUUAAGAAAAACUAAAUCAGAAGAGAAUGUUAAGAUUUGAAGAGAGAGAAAAAUAGACAAAACAAGAGUAACAGGUCUAGAACAUGAGAUCAAGUUUAGCAGGUUGUGACACUCGGGAAAUAAAAACUAACUUACUCGUGAACCCGAACGACAAAAACAACAAAAACAAAACCGGACUCAACACAAACAAACUCAGAAGAAAUCACUGUUAAAUAUCGCCCACUUUGUCUUUCACUUAGGCCGGGGAACACGCAGACAGAGAUCGGUAACAAUUUUUAGCGGAGGUUCUCGGAGGAAAGACUAAAUGCAGGAGGAUGAUGAGGGCUUCCUGAACACUCCAUCACUCUAAUUUUUUUUAUAAUAAGACAUGAUUUGGAACUGAUUUUGUGUGUGUGUGUGUGUGUGUGUGUGUGUGUGUGUGUGAAUGAUAGUUAGAUUUAUGUAUGUAUGUAAUUUUGAUGGUAUUUGAAACUCCCUUUUUAUUUCGCUUUUGCCAGUAUAUUAUUUUUAUUAUUAUUACUACUACUACUACUACUACUACUACUACUACUACUACUACUACUACUACUACUACUAUGACCACCACCAAUGCCAGUUUUCUCUGAUAAAUGUGUCAGGUAGAUUUUUGCACCGUGUUUGGAAUAGUUGGAAUAUUUUUUGUGUUCUUAAGAUGAAUGUCAGACUAGGGAAGCAUACACACACACACACACACACACACACACGCACACGCACACGCACACACACACACACAUAUAGCUAGACAGUAAGUUCGUUUUUCGACCACAUACAAAUUUCACGACACUUGAAAUACAACAUGAUACACACACACACACACACACACACACACACACACACACACACACACACACACACACACACACACACACACACACACACACACUACA